GCGAUUUGACGGGGCCGCUGGCCGAGGGUGCCCCGCCUCCGAGGAGCGGUGACCGGCAGGGCUAGGCGCCGCCGGCCCCGGGAUCCCUGCUGGCCCGCGAGCGGUGAGUUCAGGGUCAGGGGGUCCCGAGAGCCCGGCGGACGAGCUGUUGGAAGCAGCAGGGGCAGGGCUUUGGCCGCCUCGCGCCAGCUAGGCGUCUGCGCCACGGACGCCUCCGGUUCCGCUCGGUUGACUGGUUCGCUUUCGGCUCGACUGAGUUCGGCUUGUCCUGCUUCUGUUCGGCUCGGCUCUGUCCGGCUCCCUUCGGCUCUGUCCGCCUGGCCAUCGCUUCCCUCCGCGGGCCAGAGGUGGCGCGGGACCCCGGUACCCUUUCGCGUCCCCGUGGGUCCAGAGCUGGUGCUGUUUUUCCGGUCAGUGCAGUGGUGGCAGGCGGCUCGUGACGAAUCUCCCGGUUCCGGUGCGGGUCCCCAGCUGGUCUUUGGCGUAUGGGAAGCAUCCACUCAGGUGCUGAGGUCUGCCUUCGUCUGAUGUGAAUCAGGGUUUGUAGGCCUCCUUUCACGUCCCCAGUUCACAAAACAUGGUCAGCCACCUGCUCUUCAUUCUACUUUUCAAAUUACUUACUUCCCAAAGGACUAGAUGACACCUUGUGGUGUUUGAGGUGCCAUUCUUCUGCCUCCCCCUCAGUACUGAUAUUCCCGGCGUGAGUCACCACAGGCAGUUUUGGAAGACACUCUUUUUAGAAGAUUUGUUUACUAGUUGGGCAUAGUGGCAUGGGGACGCUGAUGGAGGAGGACCACACGUUCGAGGCCAGCCUGCAGGUCCCAGCAGUCCUCUCUUGUCUCUAACCCUCUCGUUAAGAAUCCUUUGCUCUGCGGGGGACGUGUGUGUUGUCUGCGGUCGCUGGUAACUGCUGCAUGUGACGGUGGAUCGGGUCAGAACAAGGUUGAGGAGCCCGCACCUCCGGCCUGGGGCCGCUGAGUUCCUUGUGUGUCUUUAGGAAGCGUGGCCUCACCUUGUGUGUCUUUAGGAAGCGUGGCCUCAUGCCUGGAUGAAUGAAGAGUCAGGACAACGGGAAGAUAAGACAGGAGCAGGCCAGCACAGGAGCAGAACCUUGAAAGCAAUCGAGUUUUCGUGAUACUGUUUACCUUUUAAGAAGGGAGAAGGAUGAUCCCUUCUCUGCCCACCCUGACUGUCCUCAUCCCGCUGGUAUCCCUGGCAGGCCUGUUCUACUCCGCCUCUGUGGAGGAAGGCUUCCCCCAGGACUGCACCAGCGCCAGCAGCCUGUGUUUCUACAGCCUGCUCUUGCCCGUCACCGUGCCCGUGUACGUAUUCUUCCAUCUGUGGACCUGGAUGGGGCUGAAGCUCUUCAGACAUAAUUAGUGCAGUCCCGCCCCCCUCGCUGGGGAAACUGCGCUGGAGAUUCUUGGUACUUGGGCUCUGCCCUCAAGGUUUGCAGAUUCUGACGUCAGUGCUGUAGCCGAAUAACACUUUCAAUAAAAUGUCUUGAGAGA